GGCGCGAGGAACCGUUAAGAUGGACAACGAAUAUAACCAAUGAGGUACUCUGACUAGGGAGUUGGUAACCCAAUAACAGUGGUCGGGCGGGCGCCUCCCCGGAGCGCGGGGAGAUGUAAAGACAGACAAAUAGUUUUCCCAAUGAGACUGCAGAAGAGCGGAGAUAAUUGACCAAUGAGGGCUGCGGGGCGGGACCCUUUGCCGCGGCGGAGUCCAAGAUGGCGGCGUGCGGUUCCGCUGUGUGAAGCGAGCGCGGGGCGGCGGGUUAAUCAGCUCCGCGGAGAAGACCUCCGGCGACCCGCAACAAUGAAGGGGAAAGAGCGCUCUCCAGUCAAGCCCAAACGUUCCCGUGGUGGUGAGGACUCGACUUCUCGCGGGGAGCGGAGCAAGAAGUUAGGGGGCUCUGGUGGCAGCAAUGGGAGCAGCAGCGGAAAGACCGACAGCGGCGGCGGGUCGCGGCGCAGCCUUCAUCUGGACAAGUCCAGCAGCCGAGGUGGUAGCCGGGAGUACGACACUGGUGGGGGCAGCUCCAGUAGCCGCUUGCAUAGUUACAGCUCCCCAAGCACCAAAAAUUCCUCGGGCGGGGGCGAGUCGCGCAGCAGCUCCCGGGGUGGAGGCGGGGAGUCACGUUCUUCUGGGGCCGCCUCUUCAGCUCCGGGCGGCGGGGACGGCGGGGAAUACAAGACCCUGAAGAUAAGCGAGUUGGGGUCCCAGCUGAGUGACGAAGCGGUGGAGGACGGACUGUUUCAUGAGUUCAAACGCUUCGGUGAUGUAAGUGUCAAAAUCAGUCAUCUCUCGGGUUCUGGCAGCGGGGAUGAGCGAGUAGCCUUUGUGAACUUCCGGCGGCCAGAGGACGCGCGGGCGGCCAAGCAUGCCAGAGGCCGCCUAGUGCUCUAUGACCGGCCCCUGAAGAUAGAAGCUGUGUAUGUGAGUCGGCGCCGCAGCCGCUCCCCUUUAGACAAAGAUUCUUAUCCUCCAUCAGCCAGCGUGGUCGGGUCCUCUGUAGGUGGUCACCGGCACCCCCCUGGAGGAGGUGGUGGAGGCCAGAGAUCGCUUUCCCCUGGUGGCGCAGCCUUGGGAUACAGAGACUACCGGUUGCAGCAGUUGGCUCUUGGCCGCCUGCCCCCUCCACCUCCGCCACCAUUGCCCCGAGAGCUGGAGAGAGAGCGAGACUACCCGUUCUAUGAGAGAGUGCGACCAGCCUACAGUCUUGAGCCAAGGGUGGGAGCUGGAGCAGGUGCUGCUCCUUUCAGAGAAGUGGAUGAGAUCUCACCCGAGGAUGAUCAGCGAGCUAACCGGACGCUUUUCUUGGGCAACCUAGACAUCACUGUGACAGAGAGUGACCUAAGAAGGGCUUUUGACCGUUUUGGAGUCAUCACAGAAGUAGACAUCAAGAGGCCUUCCCGGGGCCAGACCAGUACCUAUGGCUUUCUCAAAUUUGAGAACCUAGACAUGUCUCACCGGGCCAAACUAGCAAUGUCUGGCAAAAUUAUAAUUCGGAAUCCUAUCAAAAUUGGUUAUGGCAAAGCUACACCUACCACCCGCCUCUGGGUAGGUGGCCUGGGUCCUUGGGUGCCCCUUGCUGCCCUGGCAAGGGAGUUUGACCGAUUUGGCACCAUCCGCACCAUCGACUACCACAAAGGUGAUAGCUGGGCAUAUAUCCAGUACGAAAGCCUGGAUGCAGCUCAUGCUGCCUGGACCCAUAUGCGGGGCUUCCCACUUGGUGGCCCGGAUCGUCGCCUUAGAGUAGACUUUGCAGACACAGAACAUCGUUACCAGCAGCAAUAUUUGCAGCCUCUGCCCUUAACUCAUUAUGAACUGGUGACAGAUGCUUUUGGACAUCGGGCACCUGAUCCUUUGAGGGGUGCUCGGGAUAGGACGCCACCCUUACUAUACAGAGAUCGUGAUAGAGAUCUUUAUCCCGACUCUGAUUGGGUGCCACCCCCGCCCCCAGUCCGUGAACGCGGCACUCGGACUGCAGCCACUGCUGUGCCUGCUUAUGAGCCACUGGAUAGCCUGGAUCGCAGGCGGGAUGGCUGGUCCUUGGACCGGGACAGAGGUGAGCGAGACCUGCCCAGCAGCAGAGACCAACCCAGGAAGCGAAGGCUGCCUGAGGAGAGUGGGGGACGGCAUUUGGAUAGAUCCCCUGAGAGUGACCGUCCACGAAAACGUCACUGCGCGCCUUCUCCUGACCGCAGUCCAGAAUUGAGCAGUAGCCGGGAUCGCUACAACAGCGACAAUGAUCGAUCUUCCCGUCUUCUUCUCUUGGAAAGGCCCUCUCCAAUCAGAGACAGACGAGGUAGUUUGGAGAAGAGCCAGGGUGACAAGCGAGACCGUAAAAACUCUGCAUCAGCUGAACGGGAUAGGAAGCACCGGACAGCUGCUUCCACUGAGGGGAAAAGCCCUCUGAAAAAAGAAGACCGGUCUGAUGGGAGCGCACCCAGCACCAGCACUGCUUCAUCGAAGCUGAAGUCCCCUUCCCAGAAACAGGAUGGUGGGACAGCCCCUACAGCAGCAGCCUCUCCCAAACUCUGUUUGGCCUGGCAGGGCAUGCUUCUAUUGAAGAAUAGCAACUUUCCUUCCAACAUGCAUCUGUUGCAGGGUGACCUUCAAGUGGCUAGUAGUCUUCUUGUGGAGGGCUCAACUGGAGGCAAAGUGGCCCAGCUCAAGAUCACUCAGCGUCUUCGUUUGGACCAGCCCAAGUUGGAUGAAGUCACUCGACGCAUCAAAGUGGCAGGGCCCAAUGGUUAUGCCAUUCUUCUGGCUGUGCCUGGAAGUUCUGAUAGGUCUUCCUCUUCCUCAGCCACAUCAGACACUGCCACCUCUACUCAGAGGCCACUUAGGAACCUUGUGUCCUAUUUAAAGCAAAAGCAGGCUGCUGGGGUCAUCAGCCUCCCUGUUGGGGGCAACAAAGACAAGGAAAACACCGGGGUCCUUCAUGCCUUCCCACCCUGUGAGUUCUCCCAGCAGUUCCUGGAUUCCCCUGCCAAGGCACUGGCCAAAUCUGAAGAAGAUUACCUGGUUAUGAUCAUUGUCCGUGCAAAACUGGUGAACAACGGAUGAAGAUAUGGAAUUCAAAGCUCUAAUGGACCUUUUUGAAGAGAAGUUGUGGCCUAUGUGGAGUUUACAUGGGCCUCUUGAUGGAAGAAAGCUAAUCUGUUUAGUAUUUGUGCAUUUUACUAAAAUGGCAGCUUAAAGUUGUGUAUCUGCUAUUGUGAUGCCAAUGCCGGUGUUUUAAGUGGAAAAAAAUGACCUUGCUUUGUGCUGUGUACACAAGAUUUCUGGAAAAGUAAAGAAAAACCCUUUUUAUGGCUCACACAGCUUAAAAGUAGCUGUCACUCAAACGUGCGCUCACAGUUGAGCUGCUUUUGUUUUAUUCUAAAUAAAUUGUUUCUUUUGAGGAAAA